UCUGAGUCUCGUGGAAACAGCAGGACAACGUACCACUUGGCCAAGAGAUCGAUGCACGCACGCCAAGCCACACAGGAAGGGUGAGUGGCCCGUAGGACGUCUGUGUACUGCCACACAGAGAGAGAGAGUGCCAAAGGGACCGAGAGAGUAAAGAGACCGAGAGGGAGGAAGAUUAUCCAAGGCCAAUUUGAAAGCUUUCAGCUGGUCACUCGGAGCAGCUGCAGCCCAGAAGACCAACACUAAAAGGAUCAACUCUGGCUGCUGCUCUCAAGGUGCAGAGUUAUAGGGAGUCUGGCAACUAAAGAAGAAAGUACUCACAGAAAAAGGUGUGAGUGUACAGGAGUGGUGAGGUUUAAUCCCAGCAUGCCUCUGGCACAGCACCAUCACAGGGCCACUGUGCCCACAGCAGGCUGGGUCCUGGCUUUGGCUCUGUUUCUCGCUCUGCAGGGUGCUGCCAACGCUGCUCCUUCAGGAGACAGCAAGCUGGUUCGUACCACCAGAGUGAGGAGACAGACCUCUGGGAGGGAUCAGCCCCCCUCCACUUCCCCAGACAACGAGACCCUGCGGGAUCAACCAGUGGUCUUUAACCACGUCUACAACAUCAAUGUACCCUUGGAGUCUCUGUGCUCCGUCGACCUAGACGCCAACGCACCACCUGCCCCGGGUGAUGGCUCUUAUGCUGAGUUGGGGUCCAGACCUUCUAUGGAGGGUCCAAUGUUUCCCAAUGGUCCAACAGAAUACACUGAGCAGACGCUGGAUGCUGACAGCCAGGUAACAUUCACUCACCGCAUCAACAUCCCAAAGGCCGCAUGUGGUUGUACGGCAACAACCACAAUCCAGCAACUUGCUACCAGAGUCGAGAUGCUGGAGAGAGAAGUCUCCCUGCUCAGAGCUCAGUGCGGCUCUGGAUGCUGUGGGGAAAGCUCAGCCAUGGGUCAUUUGGACUUUGUGCCAGGCUGCAGUGGCCAUGGCAGCUUCAGCUUUGACCUGUGCGGCUGCAUUUGUGAGGAAGGCUGGGCCGGCAAAAACUGCUCAGAGUCUCGCUGCCCGGACGACUGCUCCAACCAGGGCGUGUGUUUGGAGGGGGUGUGUGUGUGCGACCGUGACUUUGGAGGCGACAACUGCUCAGAGCCGAGGUGCCCUUCAGACUGCUCGGGUCGCGGGCUAUGCAUCGACGGAGAUUGUGUUUGCGAAGAAUCCUUCACCGGCGAAGACUGCAUGGUCGGGAGGUGUCUGAACGACUGCUCAGACCAGGGGCAGUGCGUCAACGGGACGUGCCAGUGCAGGCCGGGGUACGUGGGAGAGGACUGCUCUAUGGUCUACUGUGCCAACAACUGCAGCAAGAAGGGGGUCUGCAAGGAGGGAUUCUGUGUGUGCCAGGAUGGCUUUGCAGGAGAUGACUGCAACUCUGUGGCACCCGCCAUGAACGUGAAAAUCCGAGGCGUGACUGACCGCACCAUCGACGUGGAGUGGGAGGGGUCAGUUGUUCUGACGGAUUUCUUAGUGACCUACACACCAAGCAGCCCGGGAGGUGUGCAACUGGAGAUAAGGAUUCCAGGCAAUACCACCACCUGCAGUAUCUCAGGCCUGGAGGCAGGCUUGGAGUACAACAUCAACGUGUUCGCUGUCAUUAACAACAGUAUCAGUGUCCCCGCCAGCAUCACUGUUUCGACCUAUCUCUCCAAUCCAGAUGGUUUAAUCUUCAAAUCCAUCACAGAGACGUCAGUGGAGGUCCAGUGGUUACCCUUCUACUAUUCCUUCGAUGGAUGGGAGAUCAGCUUCAUCCCCAAGGACAAUGAAGGAGGGAUGACUGCACAGCUGCCCAGCACCAUCACUUCGUUUGUGCAGAGUGGUCUGAGGCCGGGGGAGGAGUAUACAGUUAAUCUGGUGGCGCUCCGAGACCAGGGUCGAAGCCAGCCGUUCACUGCGACUGUCACAACACUGAUUGAUGGCCCCACUCAGCUGAUUGUGCGGGAUGUGUCAGACACCGUAGCUUUUGUGGAGUGGACACCACCGAAGGCAAAGAUUGAUCAGAUCGUGUUACGAUACGGCCUGGUGGGAGGAGAGGGUCCACGAACCACCUUCCGCCUCCAGCCAACACUCAGUCAAUACUCCCUGCAGGUUCUGCGUCCUGGCUCACGUUACGAGGCGUCUGUGAGCGGAGUGCGUAAAGGAAAUGAGAGCGGAUCUAUUUCCACUGAAUUUACUACUGCUUUAUCGUUCUUCUCAGAGAUCGAUGCCCCUAAGAACCUGCGGCUCAUGUCCAAGACUUCCACCUCCCUGGAGCUUGAAUGGGACAACAGUGAGGCUGAGACGGAGGGCUACCAGGUGGUGUACAGUACUUUAGCAGGAGACCAGUAUGAUAAAGUCAUUGUACCACGCAAUGAGGGAGCAACCACUAAGACCACCCUCACAGACCUGCUGCCAGGCACCGAGUACGGCAUUGGUAUUUCUGCCAUGAAAGGUAUCAACCAGAGUACACCAGCAACAAUGAACGCCAGGACAGGUUUGGAUGUUCCAAUGGAUCUCACUGUGACGGCCUCUACAGACAACACCAUUACUAUGGUGUGGGGCUUGGUCCAGGGUCCCAUCGACCAUUACAAGGUCACCUACACAUCCUCGUCUGGUGUCUCUACUGAGCUGACGGUGCCUAAAGAUGUUACUACCACCACUCUGACCGACCUUGAGCCAGGAACUGAGUACAGCAUCACUGUGGCAGCGAGAAGAGGAAGACAGCAGAGCACUGCAGCUACUAUAGACGCCUUCACUGGCAUGGACCCACCGAAAGAGAUGACGAUGUCAGAUGUGACUGAAGACUCAGUGACUAUCUCUUGGAUCAAACCAAUGGCCCCAUUUGAAUAUUAUAAGCUGUCCUACCAAUCAGCCAGAGGUCGAGUGGACAGCGUGGUGAUUGACAGCGAUGUGACCAACUAUACAUUGUCCAGCCUGUUCCCUGCUACUGAAUACGAGAUCAGCAUCAGCACUGUCAGAGGAAGUCAGGAGAGCAAAGUAGUCAGCACCGCGGUCUUCACAGCGAUGGACAUGCCGGCUGAGUUGACAGCGCUCAACAUCACUCCACAAGGAGCUCUGUUGCGGUGGAAUCCACCCAUUUCCAGUGUCGACAACUUCGUGCUGACCCUCACACACAACCAGGUGACAGCUGACACUUUCCUCGUGGAAGGCAACAAGCAAGAGCACCAGCUGUCCAAUCUGAAGCCGAGCACCACCUACUCUGUAGCUCUCUACGCCACCAAAGGACCCCUCACCAGCGGCACCGUCAUCACCAACCUCCAAACGCCCAUGGACGCGCCCCUGAACCUGACUGCCAGUGAGGUGAAUCACCGCAGCGCUCUCAUCUCCUGGCAACCACCAAUCGCCGAAAUCGACAAUUACAUGCUCACUUACAAGGCAACCGACGGCAGCCGCAAAGAGCUGAUACUUGACUCAGAGGACACAUGGAUUCGACUGGAGGGUCUGGCUGAGACGACAGAGUUCACAGUGAAGCUCCAGGCUGCAAGAGGACUUGACACCAGCGCUGUAGUCUCUACUACCUUUACUACAGGGAGUCGUCUAUUUGCAACUCCUCAGAAUUGUGCCCAACACCUGCUGAAUGGAGAGACGCUGAGCGGCGUCUACACCAUCUACAUCAACAGAGACCCCAGCCAGGGCGUGCAGGUGUACUGUGACAUGACCACUGAUGAAGGAGGCUGGGUUGUUUUCCAGCGUCGUCAGAACGGACUCACAGACUUUUCCAGGAAGUGGAGUGACUAUCGGGUUGGCUUCGGAAACCUCGAGGAUGAAUUCUGGCUUGGUCUUGACAACAUACAGAAGAUUGCUGGUCAGGGUCGCUAUGAGCUGAGGAUUGACAUGAGGGACGGACAGGAGACAGUCUACGCCAACUAUGACAAAUUCUCCCUUGGAGACGCGAGAAACCUCUACAAGCUCAGGAUAGGAGAGUACAAUGGCACCGCUGGUGACUCUCUGAGCUAUCACCAGGGCCGGCCCUUCUCUACAAAAGACCGAGACAACGACAUCGCUGUCACUAACUGUGCCUUGUCUUACAAAGGAGCCUGGUGGUACAAGAACUGCCACCGGGCCAACCUCAAUGGCAAAUACGGCGAGUCAAGACACAGUCAGGGUAUUAACUGGUACCACUGGAAAGGCCAUGAGUUCUCUAUCCCUGCCGUGGAGAUGAAGAUGAGGCCAUUCAACUUCCGCAGCAUCAGCAGCAAGAGGAGGCGGUCCGCCCCAGUGUUGUAAACAAACCCCGUCCACCCCGGCCCAGAGUCACGGAUAAACGCAGGUCGGACGAUGUUUACUGAUGAGUUUCUGCUAUCUGUGUACCGCACUGAUGUGCCCUUUAAAGCCUUUUAGUGAAGCUGCAAAGAAAAAGAAAGGGAUAUGACACAAGAUACUAAUAUUUUAUUAAUCUUCUGUUGUAAAAUAAUAAAACCCAUUAUUAAUAAUAUAUAUCCAACAUGCAGAAACACUUUCUUACCAUCAAUGAGAACAUGACAUAGCAGAUAACAAACACUGUCCGAGCUCUGUUUAUCUCUGCCCAGCUUUAGCACCCCCCCCCCCCGCUGUACUUAAGAUGAAAGAAGACGCUGUAUGUAAUUUAUUAAACACUUUGAAUGACAAUGGUUCGAUUUGCUGUAAAAAAAAAAAAUGGAAAGGCAAACCAAGAAGCUUUUUUCUUUCUUUAAUGCUGUGAUUUGCCUUUCCCUGGGAUGCGAGGAAAUGUGCUCAGAAAUGCCCUCAAGACUGCAAGAGCUAACGUUAUUUUAACCGAAAUAAUAACACUUUUAACAAAAAAAAUAUAAUGUAUAUGCCCUUAAAACCCUUAACUGUAAGAUAAAUAUAUUUUUAUAACUAAUAUUGUGGCAAAAUCCAUCUAUUUAGUAUGAUUCGAUGCCUUGGUAUUGGAACCUAUAUUAAGUUAAUGUUAUUACAAAUAAAGGACAUAAGAGAUUAAAUUAACUUUAAAAAACUAAACUAAACAUCCAGACAUUCACAAAGCCGUGCACCAGCAACAGCUUUAUUACCACCUAUUUAAUUUAUCAUAUUCCUCUGUGUUACUGUCACCACAGUGUCAUUUGUGUUAAUCAUUGAAGCAGGAAGAGUAUCUAUAUUAUUUUUGGUAGCCACACUGAGACAGUAUUUGCACUACGAGUGGGAACACAGCAAAGCUAUUCUUGUUCAUUCAACUAAAUGAAUUCUUCAGUCGUUCGUGGGCUUUUAAAAGGUUAUUUCCUGGAAUUUAUUUUCAAACAAUAAAUGCUUAAUAUCUGUGUGUGUCCCCUCCUUCUGUAUACGCAGCGAUUGCUUGCAGAGAUGGUGCUGAGAGGUGUAACCAAAGAUCUGCAUAAUAGAGCUCCGGCCCGCAGUUUGGAAAGACGCCAGUCAGUUUUGUCACCAAAGUCACUGAAGCAGCAUUUUCCUGCAUUAAUAGAUUCUCACUUUUCAGGGACUUUUAUGGUAAUCGUGUCCCCUGGCAGUGUGCGUUUAUGCAAUGUGAACACUAAAUUCUAUGCAAAAGAAAGUCAGGGUGGGCAUAGUGCAGAUUUUUGCCUGGCCUCUCCCCCACUGCACACUGAAGUGAACCUGACAAAGGAAGCAGUACAGUGGGUGGAGAGGAGCCAACUCUUUCUUCUCUGCCGUUCUUAACUAGCUCGCUUUUGAAGCUCCCCAGUGAAACAAUAAAAUCAGCAAACAUGACAGAGAACGUUUCUUUUACUGGGGCGGGCGUAAUCUGCAGCAUGCCCACCAAGCAUUUUGUUUUUUAUUUAGUGUUCACACUGUCGCACACAGCGUUCAGUGCCAGUGAGUUUAGUCGACUGCGGUUUCUGGAAACAGAACUUAUUUUAGUCUCCCGCCUCCUCUGUUGGAGGAAAAUGAUCUCUGUGGAGUUUGAAGUCAAAUCACUUAACAGGCUAAAUCUCCUUUCUGGUUUCAUGCUAUCGAUAAAUAAAUGUUUUUAUUCUACAUUACAAUCAAUUGAAAACAAUUCUACCAUCCCUGCAAGCAACAUGUUGUCUGGUAUAUAUUCAAUAUUUCAAUUAUUACCAGCUGGAGAUCUCUUAUGUACUCCUGUCAGUUUCUUUAUUUAUUUUUUGUUUUAAGCAAACCAGGAAAUCUGGAUUGUGUUAAACGACUGUGUACAUUUUUCAUUGUUUUCCUCUUGUAGACUUGAAAACAUUGGUGACUCUCCCCUCUAUAAACUACUAAUAUACUCAUGUAGAUAUAGAGAUGAAGAUAAUGUGACUUUUGAUGUGUUCCCCUUUAGAUGCAAACUAAUUCAGAAACAUUUCCCCAUUUAACAAAUAUAUUUUUAACCAUUGUUGUGUUCGAGGGCGGAUGAAGCCUGAUGCAUGUUGACUGAAUUGCAUUCAAGAACCUGAUGGUAAAUAACAAAUGUCAUAGCAAGACGUUUGUGUUUGUAUUGACCUAUUUCUUUGCUUAUCUGGGUAGGUGCCCUUGGAAUAGUUUGUAAAGAGUAGAUGUUGGUAUAAUAUAGAUUUAUCAGGCCUCUAAACUGUUGUGAAAAACAGUAAAAUUGCCCUUCAAGGGUAAAAUAAAAACAAGCAUAACCUAAAAUGUAAUAUUAACAAACUGUUUCAACAUGUGACCUUUCCCAGUCUGAUUUAUGUCUCUGUGUCAAAGUGACUGUUUCAGAGCCUCUCAUGCACUCCACCUCCCUCUGUGAUUUAUAGUAGCGUAGGGAAUUCUCCGUGUACUUAUUUCAUUAACUACUUAGAUGAAGUUUGCCUCAGUGCUUUUGAACAAAAGGUCAUGAAGCUUUGCAGAAAAGGAGCAGAAUGUUAUUUGUAUUGUGAGGGGAUUUACUCAUGGCAAAAUAUAAGGUGCUCUUAAGUCAGAGCAAUGCUGAUAUGCUAUAAUAUUGUUCAUUUGCAAAUGUUUCCAAUCAUUUCAACCAUUUUUUGUCAAUCAGUGAGAAAAAAGAAGUCACGUCUUGCAUUGUCAAGGUCCUGUCCUGUCUUACAUUUUCAGUUUGUUAAUUCAUUGAUUGUAUUAUUUAUUAUGAAAUUGAGCAAAUGCAACCCUUGUGUAAUGAAAAAACAAAUGCUUGAAAUUCCAUAGACCAGGGGUGUCCAAACUACGGCCAGGGGGCCAAAUGGGCCCGUGCUCCAUUUUGAAUUGGCCCUCAGUAAAUUCCAGAAUUAUAAUGGAAUGAAACUUGUGCUUGUCUUAAAAUGUACUUGUUAAAUAUAUACGUAAAAAUAUAUUACACAGUAGUAAUCAUGUGGUAAUAAGCCCAAUCUCAAAUAAAUUCAGUCAUUUAAAGUUGAAAACAUUUUCUAAAACAUCUUAGUUGAUGAGAAAAAAUCCCAAUAACUUAUUUGCAUAAGAAGCUUGAAAUAUACCCUUCAUAUUUCCCCUUAUUAUAAUUCAACUGAGACUUUUGUUUUAAGGAAGGAGCUGCCGCCUAAAUAAAUGAAACCCUAUGGAGAGCUAUGAUGUUGGCUGUUUUCUUUCUUAAUACAUUUUCAAAUAUCAAACAUUAUUUACCAACAUUUGAUUGAUUUCUAACUUAUAACUUAACCUAUAAGGCAAUAUACCUCUAGUGAGGGGCCCAGCCCUUCGUAUGUUUUUCUGUAUGUGGCAGUCAGUGAAAAGCGUUUGGACACCCCUGCCAUGGACUAAAGAGCCUCAAUAUGUUCUUGAUAUGAUGAUGACAGUCUGUCUAAUGUUAAGACCAAAUCAUUUGUUUUCUUUAUUUCAAGCCAACUACAGUAUUUUUUUUUUUAAAUGGAGGGAAAUGGUUUUAAAAUAGAAAACCUUCUCCAUUAUUUAAACAUAAAACCGAGUAUCACACUGUAUUUCUAUGUAUGUAUACUGAGCCUCCUACAGAACAGGAAACAUGUUCCCCUUAUUUAUUUAACUUGUAUUUACUUUCUAAUUUCUCUGUUACUGAUGCAACAUUGUGAAAAACGAUUUCAUCUAAUAAUGACAAAUGGUCCUCUAAGAUAUCAAAAAGAAAAUGUGAUAUUUGGGUUUGCUUUAAAAGUUCAAUUAAGUUAUAAAAACACCACGUUUGUUGACGUUUCCAAUAUGAGCCAGAAACUCAAACUGCAUUAAUUUGAAGUCUUGCCAUGAAAUGUAAAUGUUGAAAAUGCGUUGUUGACUGUUCGAGAAGCUUAUAUAUACUGAAACUAAGGAUUUGUUGUUGAAUAACCUUGGAUAUUACUGUCAAAUUUAGCUCUAGUUUGACUUAAACAUGUACUAUAUAGUUCCUUUUUUAAUACAUUUUCUACAUAUUAAUAAAAUAUUCAAAUAGUC